UCCAUUAUGAUAUAUAUAUGAUGAAAAUCAAUCGAAGCUCAAGCUCCUCCCAGAUCAGGGCAUUUCUUGCUUGGUUCUUCGCGGAUACGAAUUAAUCGAUCGAUUAAUCAGAUUGCAGUAGCCCUUCUAUUUCCUAGGUUUCUAUCUUUUCUAAUAGGGUUCCACUUCCAGGCGGAAUUCAUGGGAAAAUCAAAGCAUAGACAUGUAGCAGCGAAGCCUGCAAGCAAAAAGAAUGAUUCUGAUGGAGAAGAUGGUUGGGUUAUAGUCAAAAAGCAGAGAGUCACCAUUCUGGUGCCUCCCCAUCCUGUUGGGAGGAUGCUAGACCCAGGACCAAGUAAGCCAGAAGCAGCUGUGCCGGUGAAAGCAGUCAGUCAUAAAUCGACUGUUCUGAUUGAGGCUACUACUAAUACCAGGAGGAUGCCUUUAGUUGACGAACUGGAUAAACUCGCACCAUUGGCUGCUAAUAGAGGUGGUGAUCCUAUUAUUGCUACAGCAACUCCGCCUGCACACCAUUUUUCAGCUUUACACAGUCUACGUAGACUGAAUGUAACCAUGGAAUCGAGAAAGCCAAACCUAGCUGAUACUUUUAGGUCUAUUGAUGCGCUUGGAGUGUCAAACAUAUCCAGAACAAUCAAGCGGCCAAGACUUUUGCUUGGGCCGGGUAGUUUCCUUGAUGGUGAGAUGUUGCUAAAUCAGAGGCUAAGGGCAUCAAUUCUUGAGAAGAAGCUUCAAAAGGCUGGUGGAUUGAGCAGGUGGUUAGCAUCAAUUGGGUUGCGGCAGUUUGUGAGGAUUUUUCAAGAGAAGAGUUUCAGUAAGUUUCAGUUGGUGAAUCUAAGCAUGAAGAAGCUGAAGGAUAUGGGUGCGGAUGCGGUGGGCCCUCGGAGAAAGCUGAUCCAUGCUAUCGACUGUAUUUGCCAGCCACACUGUUUCGGAGCUCACUAAAAUGUUAAUAAGUCAGCCAUAGAGGAGGGGUGCUUUGAGCCAUCCAGGUACAUAUGCCAUCUUUUUGUGAGUGAUUGAAGUUGUAAGUUGGGGUAGGUCUUGUUUCAUGACAAUUAGAUAUAACCGUGCUAGAUAAUUUACAGUGCUGUCUACUCGUUAUGGAUUUGCAUGUUGUGUAGAAUUAGUGUGGGGAUUUUGUAAUAUAGAUUGAUUCAAAUCAAGAACACAUCCAGUUUUCUACCGAAAAAAACAUGGUCGAUUUGUUCAGGGUGAAAUAGGGUGUGCAUUUCCCAAAGAUUCGGAGCUCCUGAUAGUUGCUCUUCUGUAUGCUUGAUGAUGAAUUCCCUUUUCUUUUAAAC